AUGUCUUCACUGAAUUCUACGCAUACUUGCCGUAACAACAGUUUAGAGGAGGAACCGGACUAUGAAGACCCGAUUGAGAUCAAGGUUCUUCGAAAACAACGGGGCGAUUUUAUGCAUGGCAUUAUACCGUCGCAGAUUGUCCCUCAUUUGACAUGUCUGACCCGUGCUGACGAAUCGUGUAUCCUGGCUGCGACAUCACGGAAAGGUGAUAUAGAAGGCGCGGGAGUUCUAUUAUAUCACCUCAUGACAAAAAAAGAUGUCUGGUAUGAAGAUUUGUUGAAAGCACUUCGUAACAAUGACGUGAAGCUGGAACACCUAGCCACAUCACUCGAGAACGAAGUGAAGAAAAGAAAGGAAGAGGUAUAUGAUAUAGAAAUGACAUGUGAAGAUAGCUACAGUGAAAGUUAUGACACGGGAAAUCUCGAGUCUCCGCCAAGCCAGAACUGCAAUCAAGUAUAUGCUUGUCAUAUCAUUACAGAAUCUGGAACUAAACCUGGAAUCAAAACUGAGUUACAUGUUCCGGGUGUACCUGAUUACCCACCCCCACCUUACUCAAAAGUCGAGCACGGUUAUGAUCAAGCUCUAUCUGUCGAUAAUGAAGGUUGCCAUGGCGAUGUCAUCAAGCAAGAUGGUGGCAAUAUUCAGUCUAAAAGAGUGUAUGAGAGUGAAGAAACAGCAAAAGAAAGUUUAGAGAAAGAGGUAAUAAGUCCAGCUGCAGAAUCUACACCAGUAGGUACCAGUGAGAGUCAAACAAGACAUGUCAUAAACUAUGAAGUCCUAAAACCCCGUGGUUACCAGGAGGAACUUGCUGGGCCAGCCUGUAAGGGAUUAAAUUCUAUUAUAUGUGCACCUACGGGUACAGGAAAAACACACGUAGCUAUGAUGGUGUCCAAGAAUCACAUGCACCGUGCUAUGGAAGUCCAAGCAGCAGGAAAUAGCAGCACCAAUGCUCAGACUUUUGUCACUGUGCAAAACCCUGACAAUAAAGUCGAGCUCGAAAAGUACGUCAGUAUACCCGAUAAAUUCACUACAAUCGCCGCCACGAGAUCUCCUGACCCUUUCCAAGACAGAAUUGCUGAAACUAUGGCAGAAAUCGAACACAAGACUGGCGAUAUCGAGAGUGAAGAAACAGCAAAAGAAAGUUUAGAGAAAGAGGUAAUAAGUCCAGCUGCAGAAUCUACACCAGUAGGUACCAGUGAGAGUCAAACAAGACAUGUCAUAAACUAUGAAGUCCUAAAACCCCGUGGUUACCAGGAGGAACUUGCUGGGCCAGCCUAUAAGGGAUUAAAUUCUAUUAUAUGUGCACCUGUGGGUACAGGAAAAACACACGUAGCUAUGAUGGUGUCCAAGAAUCACAUGCACCGUGCUAUGGAAGUCCAAGCAGCAGGAAAUAGCAGCACCAGCAAGGGAAAGAUACUGUUAAUUGUCCACAUGAAUCGCCUCCUUAACCAGACAUAUAAGCGUUUUAAGACGUACCUACCAUUGUUUAAAACUGGAAAAAUUAGUGGGGUUACUACCUCGAAACUAACAUUUGAACACUUGGCUAAGAUCAACGACAUUGUCAUAACGACAGCUGGUUUCUUUGAAAACAUCCUAGAAAAGAAAACUACAUCAAUAUCAGCCUUUUCUCUGAUAAUUAUAGAUGAGUGUCACUAUGCUAUGAAAAACCAUUCUUACAACCGCAUAAUGACAGAGUAUCUAAAAAUCAAGCUAGCUGGUUGUUCUGCCCAGCUUCCACAGAUUGUCGGUUUGACAGCAUGCCCUGGAACUGGAGGUAAAAGUCAACUCCAGGCUGCACAAACACAUUUAUUGAAACUAUGUGCAAACUUAGAUGCUCAGACUUUCGUCACUGUGCAAAAUCCUGACAAUAAAAUCGAGCUCGAAAAGUACGUCAGUAAACCCGAUAAAUUCACUACAAUCGCCGCCACGAGAUCUCCUGACCCUUUCCAAGACAGAAUUGCUGAAAUUAUGGCAGAAAUCGAACACAAGACUGGCGAUAUCGAAACAUGCCCACAACGAGGCACAGAGGAAUAUGAACAAUUCAUCAUCACAACGAGGAAUGAAACAUUAAAUGGGAAUAAACAUGAGACUGUACAGUGUUGUGAACACCUGAUUCAAUACAAUAAAGCUCUGCAAAUAAGUAGCAUGUGUCGCAUGAGUGAUGGGUUAAAGAUAAUAGACGGCUUCUACAAUGAACGAUGGCAGCGGGGUCAGCACGAGACCACUUCUAUUGAGAAGUAUCUGUACAAACUAUUCAGACGUAAUUCCAGUGAGCUGUUUGACAUUAGUGAAGAUGAAAACAAAUAUCCGAAUCCCAAAGUUUUGAAAUUGAAAGAAAAUCUUGCUGAAGAAAUUAAAAAAAUGGACGAAGAACUCAGAGGAAUUAUUUUUGUGAAAACAAGGGCUUUGGCACGAGCAAUAUACGAGUGUAUUGUCGACGAUAAAACACUGAAAUCACUGAAACCCGCUAUCUUGGUUGGAGUUAAAUCGACGGGUGUGGAGUGUAUGACGCAAGCUGAGCAAGAUACCCGUCUGCGAAAGUUUGCACUUGGACAUUGCAAGCUGUUGGUGGCAACAAGUGUUGCCGAAGAAGGGUUAGACAUCAAAGAGUGCCAUAUGUUAAUCAGAUACAACUAUUCAACCAAUGUGAUAUCACUGAGGCAGUCAAGUGGUCGAGCACGUGCGCUGGAGAGCACAGAACAUUUCAUUGGAGAUGAAGAUCUUGCUACGCGAGAUAGUGUAAAUGUUUUUCUCGACCAGCAAAUGGAAAAAGCGAUAGACUUGAUUCAAGAUAUGCCGCAGGCGCAACUGCAAGGCACUGUGCGACAUACACAAAUGAAUGACAUUGCUGAAGUUUAUGAAAAAGAAUCGAAACACAUUCCUGUCAAAUUCAAGUCAAAUUCUGUCAAAUUGUAUUGCACUGGGUGUGGCAAAUAUGUAUGUAACGGAAAUGACGUAUAUAUUUAUGAUGAGAGCUCCCAUAUAAUUGUAGAUAAGGCCAUUAUUAAAAACAUCGCCACCAUAAUGACCACAAGAAGCGUGAUGCUGGGAUAA